AUGGUCAUUUCGGUCCUUCUCUGCGCCCUAAUCUGCUCUCUCGCUCUCAAUUCUAUCACACGGUGCGCCCUCAGAUGCUCCAGUCUAGUAGCGUCCAACCCAAGCCCACAAACUCUCCCUCCGCACACAGGCAUCAGGAAAGAGGCCCUCCGCACGUUCCCAACCCUUAGCUACGGGUCGAGCCUCGAGAUGCUCGGCCACGGCACUGAGUGCGCAAUCUGCCUGUCGGACUUUGCCCCGGGCGAGCGCGUGAGAGUGCUGCCCACGUGCCGACAUGGGUUUCACGUCAGGUGCAUAGACACGUGGCUCGACUCGCAUUCGUCGUGCCCCACUUGCAGGCACUGCUUGCUUGGCCGACAGCUGGCCAAGGACCCGACCCAAAAUGAUGCUUUUGGUGUGAGGAUACAACCAUUGCAGCCUGAAGAUUUAAUUCGAAGUCAUGAAAUAUAA